AGUUAGCAGCUCAGUCAUCGAGAAGUACAUGCCGAUCCUUUUAAAUACUCCUAAAUGUUCACUAUGUAGCAGAAGAAUCACUGAACUCCCUUUAAUGACCGUAUGAUAUACUUCAUUGCGCCUAUUUGAUGUAGUUUCAGGCAUUAAUAGGCAUAAGACGAUGUAUUUCAAAUACUUUUGUGUAGAGUAGCAGUCACAACAUCUUCUAGAACCUUUGCAGCUGGCCAACACCGGGAAAAACCCAAUCUCCGACCCGAUACCAAACCCGACAAUGCUCCUUCAGGAGCCAAAGCUGCUGAAACACUCAAUAAGGACCGAUUUGGAGGGAAGAGCUGUAGAGCGUUUUGCCGGAGGGAUUACCAACGGAGAUGCUUAAGGAAUUCAAUGACUCUAUGAGAGAUGAAUUGCUAAUAUGCCAGAGUUUUGUGGAUCUUCGAGAUAAUUUUAGUAGGGUUGUUGAUCCUACUUUGCAAUCUAAUGCUAAAGCCAGCUCCCUCUAUAUGGCAUACACUCUACAACUGGCGCAAAUUUUUUUUUACUGGAUGCAUGUCAUUCUUGCCUCGAACCGUGGUACAGUCGUGGAACUUGGAAUUACUCCAAUCGUGACUUCUGGAAUGGUGAUGCAAUUGUUAGCUGGAUCAAAAAUCAUUCAAGUGGACAACAAUGUCCGUGAGGACCGAGCACUCCUUUGUGUUGGAGUAGAAGAAAUGGCAACGUUAGUUGCGAAGCAAGGGCCGUUGAGCAGUCAGAAUCAACACACACCAAGAAUGAGAAAUCAGUCUAAGGUUUUUAGGAAGAGAAACUUUGUCCUAAAUCGUGAUGAAGAAAAACUUGAAAAGCACAAUGCAGCAUCGCUGCCCGAUGUUACAGAGUCACCUAAGAACUAUGUCUUUCUACGUGAAUGUUGCAAUCAGGAAGGAGGAAGCACUUUUAUUGGGCGGAUCGGAGAGAAAAUUAAAACAGCAAAAAAGCCAAAGAGGAACGUGAUUAAAUCACAUCUGAGAACAAAGACAGUAGCUAACCGAACAAUGACUGUAAAGGAAUCUGAAGGCUCACAUUGAAGAAUCACCUCAAAGGGGCAUCAUCGUUCAGCAGAGAAGAAAUUAAGUUCUAAAAUUUGGGAUGAAAUGGUGAGUAAUGAUGAAGAAGAGGAGAGUGAAGAGGAAGAGGAUGAAGAGUAUUAACAAAAUUUCAGAUGCCACUGAAGGAAGCGUUGAAUAGGUUGAGAAUUUCCACCAACGGAAAAGUUCUUAGAAAUGGACGUAUGAGAACUACAGGGAAUGACGAAGAGAAAGACGAGCAUUCCCAGUGGUGCAGCGACAGGCUCAAACUAUCUACCUCCACAAAAAACAUUCUUCUGAGUGGAAAUUCUCAGAUUAAAAGGAUGCCUGAUAAAGUAAAUCUACAACAACGCCCAGGAACUUCAAGCAAGAAGAUGAUUCAUAAAGGAGAUAAUACAAUGAACAAGGUGGAAUUUCAAAGUGAAGAAAAGCGGGAUGCUGCAAGAAAAAAACAAGUUUAUCUAAGGUUGGAAAGAAAAUGCCAGGGACUCGUGAAAUUUGAGGCUCAGAGAAUAAAAGGCGGGUGCCUGCUAUAUUAAAUGAACAAUGUCUAGGAACGUCAAGCAAGAAGAAGAUUCCUCAAGGAGAGAGUACAAUGGAUAAGGUGGAUGAAAGUGAAGACGAGUGGAGUAUGUGCAAGGAAAAGCCAAGUUUGUCCAAGGAUGCAGAGAAUAGGACAUCUGUACGACGUGCUACUGGUUCAUUCAAGAGAUACAGAGAUUACUAUGUUGGUGAGUGGGAAGAUGAUUCUGAGGAGUAUGAGGUUUUGCCAAUCAGCGAUCAAGUUACACAAGAAGCCAGAGAAGUGAAGUUUCACAUGAGUCAAAACUAAAAGAUAGUCCGAAAGAUUCAAUAAAUAAUUCAGGGAAGUUAUCUGCUUGUAGUUCAUUGCCUUCCACCUCAUCGUCCUCCGGUUCCACAACUUCAAGAAAUGGAAUAGAUGGAUCUAAAAACAUGAAGGUAAAUUGUCUGGCAGUAAAUUGUCAUCAAUGUAGAAGAAGUGAUAGAAGAACUGUUGUUCCUUGUACGAAGUGUAAAGAGAAAUUUUACCGUAUCAAGUGCAUCAGAGAAUGGUAUCCUGAAUUGGAAGAAGAGGAAGUCUCAGAGCUUUGUCCAUAUUGUCAUGGAAAAUGUAACUGCAACUUGUGCUUACACUCAAGUGGCAUGCUAAAGACAUCAAGAAGGGAUCUCACUGAUCGUGAAAAGAUUGAGCAUUUGCACUAUUUGAUUAUCACGUUCCUUCCCUUUCUAAAAGAAAUCCAUCACGAACAAAUUCAAGUGAUAGAACCGGAGUCUUGUAUUCGUGUUUUUAUCACAGGGCUAUCUUCAUCUUCAGUUGAAAUUAAACGAUCACUUUGUCACAAUGAUGAGCGAGUUUACUGCAACAACUGCUCAACUUCAAUAGUCGAUCUUCAUCGGAGCUGCCCAGAUUUUGAUCAUAUGAGCUAUAUCUAAGCUGAUGCCAAGAGUUUCGCCAGGAAAGAGUUGUAAAGCAGUUUAGAAAUAUUCAGAUAGAGGUUGUUAUUACAUGCACGGUGGAGAGCCACUUCCUGAAAGUUUUCAUAAUAUGGAAAUUCCACAGGACCAGAACAAACCAAUUUCUUGGGUUGCUAAUUGUGAUGGUUAUAUCAUUUGUGCUCCUGUCGAAAUGGGCGGAUGUGGAAAAUACAUUUUAGAGCUCCAGCAUCUGCUACCAAGAAACUGGACAUCAACCUUGAAAGCAAAAGCAGAAAGGAUUCUGAUUCAAUGCAAUUUUUGUUGGGUUCGAAAUCGAGAGGGGGUCAUGCGGAAGCUAUUAGUUGUAAACUAUGAGAUGGUAAAUAAGAUGACAGCGAAAAACAAUACUAAAAACAUAAUUUUAUUAUAUGAUUUGGCCAAUUGGCCUACAUAUAAAACCUUAUAUUAAAAAGUAUAAAACUAAUUGAGAGAAGAAAUCUCCCCCAUAGACUCUUUAAAGAAGAAAUCUCCCCAUAGACUCUUUAAAGACUACAUUGUGGAUGCUAUUGUGUUAUAAUAUGAGAAGGAGGUCUUCUAUUUA